AUGGCGUUUCACCGCCCUGCUCCCAAACGGAAGCAGACAUCUUCUGAUGAUGAUCCUCCUUCGCAAUUUGUACCAUAUUCUGCCUACAAAGAUCUCUAUGAUCGAGUCGCUGCCCUCACUUCUUUGGUCAAUCAACUACGUGGAGCCAUAAUCGAUUCGGGGCAGAACAAACUUGCUGAAGCAGUUGCUGAAUCUUGUGAACACCUUCCUGAUUUGCCCAAAAUCGCUGAUCCACUGCUUCAAGAUCCUUUCGGUGCUGCUGACUCUUCUGUUCCCAUGGACACCUCUUCUCUGAUACCACAAGUCGUUCCUCCUCCUAUCACGCCUAUCAACACUUUGGAUAUUGCACGCGAAGCCGCGAAACUGUUAGACAAGGCUACGCGUGUGGUAAUCGAGAGAAUGCCGGAUGAUCGUGAUAACAUUGCUCAAGACGAACGAGACCUCGAAUUCUUCCAGAAACUCGCCUCGUCCCAUCACUUGCCUGCUCCUAAGAUAGCUCACCGUCACCAAUGCUCCUCCAAAUUUCGCCCGCUCAAGCUCCAAUUCGACUCCUCGCUAGACCGUGAUAUCUUCCUGCAUGGCUUUCACCGGAUCCGCUCUUCUGAGAAAUCUCUUAUGGACAUCGCCAGCAAACCCCGUGCCCGACGUGAUCUGACUCAACCUGAACUUGAGACCCUGCGUGCCUCUCGGAAGUAUGUCUACGAGCAGAACAAGAUUGCCAAAGAGUCCAAAUUCAUCAUGUCUGAUAUCACCUACAAGCUCAAUUCCAAGCCACGUCCUUUUGUAUAA